GUGGAGCGGGGCUUCCGGGCGGUUCAUAUAUCGGGGGUGGAGCUGCAGCACAUGGGCCAGCAAACAAUGGGACACUACCCAGUUCAUUUCCAUAUGAACGGAGACGUGGACGAGAGGGGGGGCUACGACCCCCCCACAGCUGUCACCGACCUGUCCAUCCACCACUCCUUCUCCCGCUGCGUCACCAUCCACAGCUCCAACGGACUGAUGGUGAAGGACGUGGUGGGCUAUGACACGCUGGGCCACUGUUUCUUCACGGAGGACGGUCCAGAGGAGAGGAACACAUUCGACCACUGCCUGGGUCUGAUGGUGCGAGCCGGAAUGCUGCUGCCUUCAGACAGAGACAGCAAAAUGUGCCGGCACAUCACCGAAGGAUCGUACCCAGGAUAUGUAGCCAACCCCCGGCAAGACUGCAGGUACCACACACACUGA